UCGUCUUAAAUUUAAAACCUCAAAAACGUUCCUUCAUUUUGCACUGUUUAGGAAUUUAAGACAAUGUCUUCCCGGGAAUAUCCUAAAGUAUGGGACCGGUUUGAGCGCACCGUCGACGGCGGGGCGAUGAAAUUCGUGGUGGAGGAUGUAUCUGAAUCUAUGUGGAGUACCGCCGUCGAAUUCAUGCUGGGAAAUUAUAUUAAGGAAGAUGUUUGGUGGAGCGCGGCGGGUACGGCGCGAGACCCGGAUGCGGUGCAAGAGUACCGCGUGUUGCUGACGUCGAUCAUUAGACAGAAGAUGUCGCUAGCGUGUUUCCUGGCUGACGGAGAUGGAUCGGGCCACACUUUGGUGGGAGUGAAUCUUUGCAUGCCGCAGGUCAAGGGGGAGUUUGUGGAUCAUAAUCCGCCAAAAACCGAAGCCGGCCUAUUAUCCCUACGCAUGUUCGCAGAGGCGAUGAAAGUGCCCGUAAUUUAUGAUAAAUACGGAGUUGGUGAAUACCUAAUGGGUGCCGGCCUCUCUGUGGCCCCGGAAUACAGGAGAUUGGGCAUCGCCACCAAAUUACUUACGGCGAGAAUCGAGCUGUCCAAGAGUCUCGGAUUUCGUGCCACCGGCGGUAUCUUCACCAGUGAACACGGUCAGAAAGCUGCUGAAAAGGCCAAUUACGAGUGUUUGUACACAAUCCAGUACAAAAAGUUUGGGAAACGCUGCAACAUCACCUUUAAUAGUAAUACGCAAGACUUGAAGAUAUUUGCUGGCAAAACUGAAUGAUGUAUAAGCUGCAAAAUGUAUAAUUAUAUAGGUAUAAUUAUUAUAUAUAAGACCGAUUCAUCUCAUUGUCAUACAUUUUGCAAAAUAAGUUUGUUUCGUUAUUUAAAAAAAAAUGGUAAAAAAGAGGUUUUUAUUUAUAUUUUUUUACAUCUAAUUAAAAAAGUUGUACAAUGAUAAAUGGAUACAUUACAUGACGACCGCUCUGGCCUAGCGCGUAGUGACCCUGCCUAUUAAGCCCCAGUCCCAGAUUCGAAUACCGAUAAGAGCAUUUAUUUGUGUGAUGAGCACAGAUAUUUGUUUCUGAAUAAUGGAUGCUUUAAUUAUGAGUAUGUUAAAUAUACCUUUGUCUGUGUACCUACAGUAAAACUGUGUAAGAAUGUCCUAUAAUGUUUAUUUAUUAUUUAUCUGUGACAGGUUUAUCAAUAUAUAACUU